AUACAAUAAUAUCAUUUUCUUUGUAUUUUCAAUAAUGGCUUUUAAACUCCUUACAAUCAUCAGUGCCUUGUUGGUAGCUGCAAAUGCAGGAGAAUUAUAUGGACUUGCUCAUGCAAUCCCUGCAGCAUCAAGCUAUCAACAUACAACAAAAAGUGUUGUCUCACCUGCAGUGGUAGAAGAGCAUCAUUUACUAGCGCCAGUAGAACACCAUGUAGUGGCUCCAGCUGUUGUAAGUCAUGUAGCACCAGUUUCAUAUUCAUCGGCUGCAAGCUAUCAACAUACAUCGAAAAGUGUAUAUGCACCAGCUAUUGAACAUCAUGUUAUCGCACCAGUUAGUCAUGCAGUUGUUAGUCACCCAGUUGCAUCCAGUUAUCAACAUACAACAAAGAGCGUUGUUUCACCUGCAGUGGUAGCGGCACCAGCUGCAGUGGUAGCUCCAGCUCCAGUACUCUAUCAUGCUCCAACUUACUACGCAACUCCAUAUAUGACUGGAUCAGCAGCGCAUACUUAUCAACAUAUGUCAAAAACAGUAUCAAAACCUGUAUUAGCUUAUGCCGAACAUGCAACACCAGUUGUCGCUGCUUACGCUACACACGCUGUACCUGUUCAUAGUGGUGCUACAAGCUAUCAACAAAUAUCAAAAAGUACUGUUUCAGCAUCACCAGUAGUAGCUGCUAAAAGUAUCGCACCAUUAGUAUAUUCCCCGAAUGUACAAACAUAUGCAACUAAUGCAAUUCCAUUGGCUUAUGCUCAUCGUAAAUGAAAUGGUUAUAUAUUUUGUUGCUAGAUAUUUUGAAAUUGACUGUAUCAAAAGCCUGCUGAGUCUGAAGAGACAGUAUUGAUGAUCGAAAGAGGCCACUAGAAGUGACAACAUUGGCGGGCAAUAUAAGCUUACACAAGAAGGCAGUGUAUAACUGCGUAUAAUGUUCGGAAAUAUGACACUUCUAAAUGCCAGUAUUGACCACCAGUACUGUUCCUUCUAUCCAGCAGACUUAUAAGUAAGAACACUGGCCUUCAAAUGGAGAAGAUGGCUUAAAAUACGGCUGCAAUCGUAGCUCAUGAUUAACCUGCUUACUAUACGUACUGCGUAGUAAGCUGAGUCUUUUCUCUGUGAGAAAAUCUAGAAUAGCUUGAGGCACAGUACGAAGUACGCCACCAACUACAAGCAACAUAGUUGGCAUUUUCUGGCCAUAAAUGCUGUCAACUGCCACCAAGUGCCUUGCUCUGUUUAUUUGGCGCUUCGUCAAAAACUAGAAAUAACAGAACACCAAAUAUGAAUUCUUCUGAUAAAUCGUGAGCGAUUACUAGACUAGCCAGCCAAUAUUGAUCAAUCAGUGCUCUAAACGCACAUUAAUUAAAUAGUUAAUUUCAAUCAACAUCUAGGCAACAAA